CGCCCGUCGCCGGCGCCGCGGGCCACUCCCGGCGAGCGCGGCGGGCCCCGCGCCGCGGGCGCCCCCGACGCGGGGCGCGGACCUCCACCUGGCGCCGCAGAGGGAGGCGAGGCGCCGUCGCGGGGACCUGUGGAGGAGGUCACGGACGUGUUCGGGGCGCUGUGGAGGUUGAUGGUCGUGGAGCGGGUCUGGGAGAACCCUUUGUCGGCGGUCGACCGCGCAGACAUCAUCACCCUGGGAGCCAGGCUAUCCCAGAUCGGGGCCGUGAUGUGCGUGGUCAUGGCUAGCAUUCUGAAGUUCGGGAUGCUGUCACGCAUUUGGCGCGGUAUGACCGCUGUCGAGGACACGGUCAUGAUCGAGUAUUCGGGGCGGCUGUUGAUGCUGGUGAGCGGCAUCAUGCUGCCGAUGGCGCAGCUCAGUCUCUUCGCCAUGCUGCUCAUAUCGCUGGGCACCCUCGCCCUUGAGGAGCUGCAGGCCGACGUUCUCCGCAGCUUCAACGUGGACGUUCAGGCGCAGAGGGGGCGGCGCUUCUUCACGUCGGGCCUCAUGGCGCUCGCCGUGCUGCUGUCGGUCACGCCUCCCCAGCCAGAGGUGGACCUCUUCGGGCCCCUCUGAGCGGCACCCGCGGAUGGCCUGACCUUCUUGUUCCUCGUCUUGCAGGCCCUCCCCCUCAUCCUCCUCCUCCUCCUCCUCCUCCUCCCUUGCUUGCCCAUGAACUCCCUCCGCCCGGAGAAGCGGUUUACCAUCGCCACCCGUGGAGCGCCUCGUGCUCGAAAA